AUGAUGCUCGGAGGGACCAGAUUGAGGGACAUGAUCCGGAAUGUCCGCGCAUGUAAAACAGCGGCCGAGGAGCGAGGGGUGAUCGCGAAGGAAUGCGCGAAUCUACGGACAGCGUUCAAGGAGAACGACAUCGAGUACCGGCACCGCAACGUGGCGAAGCUCAUGUUCAUCCACAUGCUCGGCUACCCCACGCACUUCGGCCAGAUGGAGUGCCUCAAGCUCAUCGCGUCGCCGGGGUUCCCGGAGAAGCGCAUCGGGUAUCUGGGGCUCAUGGUUCUGCUGGACGAGCGCCAGGAGGUGCUCAUGCUCGUCACCAACUCCCUCAAAAAAUUCGUGAAUGGUUCUCGCACAACAGGUGUGCAUGCAGUCGAAUGGCCUCACGUCCUCCUUUUUCUGGAUCCAGUACGCGAUCGCGGGUCGCUCUCUCCCCUCUCCAACGACCUCGCAUCCUCCUCCCUUUUCUCCUCCUGCUCCCAUUAUCCGUCCUUCUCCUCUUCCCCCCUCUCUCCCGACCCCUUUCCACCCCGGUCCCGCAGCGACCUGAACCACACGAACCAGUUCAUAAUCGGGCUGGCGCUGUGCGCGCUGGGCAACAUCUGCUCCAGCGAGAUGGCGCGCGACCUCGCGCCCGAGGUGGAGCGCCUGCUCAACAGCAACAACUCCUACAUCCGCAAAAAGGUCAUUCCGCAAGUUCUGCCUGCACGACCAUUGGGGAUCCAUGCGUGCAGUCGAGACUGGUUGCUGUACCCCAUGGACUCACUGACGCCGCUCACCCGUCCUCCGCUCGAAUCACCACUGACCGACACUCAAUCCUUGCUGCCGCACCCAUCCCUUCUCCCUUUCCCCUCCCCCUCCCCAUCCCUCCACCAUUCUUGCGCGCGUGCAGGCGGCGCUGUGUUCGGUGCGCAUCAUCCGCAAGGUGCCGGCGACUUAGCGGAGUACCUGCUGGGGCCGGCGUCGGGGCUGCUGCAGGACAAGCACCACGGCGUGCUGCUGUCGGGCACCAAACUCGCCAUCCAGCUCUGCGACACGCACCCCCCCGCCCUUGAUUACUUCCGCAAGCAAGUGCCGACGCUGGUGCGCAUUCUGAAGAACCUGGUGGUGAGCGGGUACGCGCCUGAGUAUGACGUGGGCGGCAUCACGGACCCCUUUCUGCAGAUCCGCGUGCUGCGCCUGCUCCGACUGCUCGGCAAGGGCGACCCAGACGCCAGCGACAUCAUGAGCGACAUCCUUGCUCAGGUAGCAACGAACACGGAGGCGAACAAGAACACGGGCAACGCGAUUCUGUACGAGUGUGUGCACACCAUCUUUGGCGUGGAGGCCAUUGGUGGCCUGCGUGUGCUCGCCAUCAACAUCCUCGGCCGCUUCCUCGCCAACCGUGACAACAACAUCCGGUACGUGGCGUUGAACACGCUGAUCAAGGUGGUAGCGGUGGACACACAGGCCGUGCAGCGCCACCGCAACACCAUCGUCGAAUGCGUCAAGGAUUCGGACAUUUCCAUCAGGAGGAGGGCGUUGGAGCUGGUGUGUGCGCUGGUGAACGAGGGCAAUCUCAAGGCGCUCACACGCGAGCUGCUGGACUACCUGCGCGCCGCUGACUCUGACUUCAAGCCCGACCUCACCUCCAAGAUCUGCGCCCUCGUGCAACGGUACGCGCCCAGCAAGCUGUACCAUGUGGAGAUCAUGCUGCGAGUCAUGACCGAGGCAGGGGAGUAUGUAACAGAUGACGUGAUCCGCUUCCUGGUGGUGCUCAUCAGCAACGCACCUGAGCUGCAGGGCUUCGCAGUGCGCUCAUUCUUCCAUGCCAUGCGCUCCUGGAAGGGCCAGGAGAGUCUAGGAGUGGUGACGGUGUGGUGUCUGGGCGAGUACGGGGAGAUGCUCGUCAACAACACCGGGCUUCUGCAGGGCGAAACGCCCCUCCAGGUGGCGGAGGCAGAGGUGGUGCAGAUGCUGGAGGGCAUAAUGAAGGACACACGCGCCACGCCCACCCUCAAGGCCUACGUCCUCGUUGCUCUCCUCAAGCUCUCCUGCCGCUUCCCCUCCUGCUCCCAGCGCAUAAAGUGGUUGGAGGAGCAGCACCGGCACAGCCUGGUGUUGGAGCUGCAGCAGCGCUCAGUGGAGUUCAGUGCCGUGCUCGCCCGCCACGACAAGAUCAAAGCCACGUUGGCAGACAAGAUGCCAGCACUGGAUGAGGUGGCGUACCGCUCCAAGCGCGCUGACCUGGCGCCCGACGCAGCGGCGCGGGCAGCAACGCCAACAGGGCAACCAUCAGCCAAUGGCGCGGCGGCAGCAGGCGGGGCGGUGGGGGGAGUGCGGGCAGCAGCAGCACCCCAGGCGCAGGCGCAGGUGCUAGCAGACCUGCUUGACCUCACAGCUGAUGACUCCUCUGCUGCCCCUGCUGCCGCUGCCGCUGCCCCCGCUGCUGCUGCUGGAGGGCUGCUGGAUCUGCUGGGAGGAGUCAGAGCACCGGCUGCUGUUGCCGCUUCUGCGCCUGCACCAGGCGGGGCAGACCUGCUAUUGGACCUGCUCUCCCUCGGAGAUGCACCGGCACCCCCAGCAGCAGCAGCAGCACCUGCCGCCAUGCCAGCUGCAGCCAUAGACCCACUAGCAGGCCUCAUGGGCGGAGCAGCACCAACCCUCAUCACCCCCACAUCAGCACCAGCACCCUUCGCCCCAGCUGCCGCAGCAGCAGCAGCAGCGGUGGAUCCGUUUGGAGGCUUUGCAGCGGCGCCGGCAGCAGCACCGGCAGCAGCGGCGGCGCCGGCGUUCCCGGGGAUAGUGGCGUUGGAGAGCCGAGGGCUGCGCAUCACGUUUGAGUUUGCCAAGGACCCUGCUGCACCGCAGAGCACCACCAUCAGUGCCACCUACACCAACUCCUCGCCCUCGCCCCUCACUGACUUUGUCUUCCAAGCCGCCGUGCCCAAGUUCAUGCAACUGCAGCUGGAGGCAGCAUCAGGGGCCGUGGUGCCGGCCAGCAACAGCGGCAGCGUGACACAGACCAUGCGCAUCACCAACACCCUGCAUGGCCAGAAGCCACUGGUGAUGAAGUUGAGGGUGUCAUACAAGGUGGCAGGGCAGGAUGUCUUGGAGCAAGGCCAGGUCAACAACUUCCCCGCCGGCUUGUAA